CGAAAACAAGAGCAUGAAGUUGGUGAUGGAUGUUGGAGCUGGAACAGGCAUAUUGAGUUUUUUUGCGCUGCAGGGCGGUGCGCGGCAUGUUUUCGCAGUGGAAGCCAGCCAGAUAGCGGCCACGCUAAGGCAAAUCGCGAAAACAAACAAGUUCGGUC